AUGGCGGUUGUUUUACGAUAUGUUGAUAGAAGAGGAUUUGUGAUGAAGAGACUUCUUGACAUUGUUCAUGUUAAAAAUACUAGUGCUUUAUCUCUAAAAGAAGCAAUUGUCAAUUUAUUUUCUCAACAUUCCUUGAGUAUAUCUUAUGUGCGUGGACAAUGCUAUGAUGGAGCAAGUAAUAUGCAAGGUGAUAUCAAUGGCCUUAAGAUGUUGAUUAAGAAAGAAAGUAGAUCGGCUUAUUCCAUACAUUGUUCUGCUCAUCAACUUCAAUUAACUCUUGUUGGUGUUUCUAAAAGAUGUCUUCAAGUUGGAGAACUUGUUCAUUUGGUUUCAAAUAUUUUUAAUGUUUUGGCGGCUUCUUAUAAACGUAUGGAUGAUUAUCGAGAAUCUCAAAAAAAAAAAAUCAAGAAGCUUUUGAUAUGGUUUGGUACAAUUAUGGACAUUCUUGAUAAUAUUGUUGAAAUUGCACAUUCUAUGGAUGAAAGAUCUAGGGCAACAGGAUAUAUCAGAAUUGCUCAAACUUAUGAGGUUGCAUUCAUGUUGCAUUUGAUGAAAGAAGUUUUAGGAAUUACUAAUGAUCUUAGUACAUGUUUACAAAAAAAGGGGCAAGACAUUGCAAAUGCCAUGCUACUUGUUAAAGUGGCCAAAAGAAGCAUGUGUGCACUUGAGAAUCAACUAGCAAAUUACAUUAUUGAUGUCUGUGAUAUCGAUAAAAGGUUCUCUGAUUUACAUGGGCUUUGUGAUCUUUCAAAAAGAUUGGUUCAGACAAAAAAAUAUUCAUGUUAUCCUCUUGUAUUUCGUUUGGUGAAAUUCCUUUUGCUUCUGCCAGUUGCCACUGCAUCCGUUGAAAGAGCUUUUUCGGGAAUGAAAUUUAUUAAGAAUGAGUUCCGAAGUCGAAUGAAUGAUGACUUCUUGAGCGGUUGCAUGGUUCCUUUUAUGGAGAAGGAUGUGUUUAAGGAUGUUUCAACGGAUGAUAUUAUUUUGUCUUUUCAAGCAAUGAAACCUCGUCGAAUAGUAAAAGAUCAAGAAAAGGGCAAUACCGGGAAAAAAAGAGCGAAAAAAUGGAAGAAGUUGAAGGGAAGCAAGGUUGGUACUCGCCAAAGCCACUCAGUGAGUCACCGAGUGGACCUUCAGUUCUCCAAAAGUUCCAACAAGCCAGCCCAUGGACAAGAUCAACUUGGUGAUUGGAUGGGUAUUUCUGUGAUUUGGGGAAGUGUUCAGCGAUGCCAAUUUAGCCUGCCAAAAGCUACAGCGUAA